AUGUCCAAAAGGCUCCGCUCCCAGUUAGAGCAAGAAAUCCCAGAAGAUGCCUGCUGUGAGAUACAUCUGGAGCCACCACAGCUGUUCUGCCAUGAUGACCAAAUCACGCUUUGUGACAAGUACUUCAAGUCCCAGGAGCACAAGAAUCAGGUGGUGUAUGGAGUACAAGAGGCUGCUGAGAAUUAUAGGAAGUUAUUCCAGGAGAUAUUGAACACAUUGAAGGAGAAACUUGAAGUAGCUAAAAGCAUAUUGGCUGAUGAGCAAGAAAGAAUGGUGAUGAUGCAGGAAGAAGAGCAGAAUUUUAAAGUGAUGAUUGAGUCUGAAUAUAGGAUAAGGUUCCGAUUGAUGGUUGAAGAAAAAAAAGUGAACUUCCAGAGCCUGCAAAGUUGUGGAUUCAACCUGAACUUGAGAGAAGCCAGUCAGAACCAGCUGAUGGAGUUUGCCCCAAAGCUAAAGGAGAAGUUCCAGGAAGUACUACAGAGACUGAACUGUUUGUGGAAAGAGAACAUGAAUAAACUGAGGGAGAGUGAAGUCAGGCUCUCUGAACAGAUCUGCAGCCUCCAAAAAUCACUGCAGAGCUAG